GCUUUAACCACUGCUAAACGAAUGCUCCCCAAAGGUAUGGCGGGAAGGGUGGUCAUGCGAAACAAAGAACUGUCGAAAGAAUGCAACUAGUACCAACAACCAGUUGGUAUUCGUUGUAUGUGGUUGCAUUCCGUGUCGUGUAAAUACGAUUGUUAAAUUGUGUUCAUCUUAAACAAAGAAAUUUAUUCCUCAUUCUUCAAUUAAUCUUUAACUGAAAAUUGCGAGAAUGUUAGGGGUAGCUUCGGAUUCGCAAGAGUCUGCGUUGAUGGAUGACGAAACGUUCAAGGUUCUUCAGAAAGAAACUUGUAACUUGCUGGCCUCGGAUGAUUGCGAUCUCCUGGAUAUUUCUGAACAAAAACCUGAGCUCACUCAGGUUCCAAUUUGUUCCUCUUCUCAAGAUAAAAAACAGGCAAUAAAAAGGCACUUAGAAGAAGAUGAUGAAUAUUAUUCAAUCCUAUACAACGAUCAUUUCAAUUAUCCAGUAAACUUUCAGUUUAGCUUUGGAGAUGGUAGUGGUCAGGAUUGGGUGUAUUCUUCAAAAUUGAAAAAAUUGUUUAUCAAGAUGGAGAAAACCCUACCUCUUCGUUUUACCUGGGAUACGUUUACAACUGGUUUAUUUCUACGUACAGAAUUAGUUUAUACACUUGAUGAACACAAAAAUGAUCCUGUAAGACGUUGUCUCAAUCAUGUAGCAUUGGAAAAUUAUGUUAAUCAAACUAUGAAUCCCGACAGAAUUAAACAUGUAGUUCAUUGUGUGAAUCAUGCCAACAGUAUGUAUAUAGAAAAAAAUGAACAUCUUUCAGUUUUAACGCCGCUUGGUGCACCUGAAGCUGGUUCGCAAUAUGUUCCAAUGUGUUUCAAGUUUUUUUGCAAAAAUAGCUGCCCUUCGGGUAUGAAUCGUAGAGCAACAAAGUUAUUAUUUACAUUAGAAGAUAGCAGAGGAGAAAUGAUAGCUCGUCAAACAUUGGACAUUAAAAUUUGCAGCUGUCCCAAACGGGACAAACAAAAAGUUGAAGUAGAGGAUGAAAGAGUCUCAAGAGAGCGAUCAUUAACUAACCCAACAAAAAUAUCACCCUCUGAUAACCAUGUAUACACAGUUAAUUUAGAAAUUGUAGGAAAAGAAAAUUGUUUGAAAGUAUACAAAUAUGCAUACGAUGUGAUGGCCGGUCAAGCAAUGAAAACUGGUCAGAUGGAAUUAUAUAAACCAUGUAUGGACAAAAUAUUGCAAAAAAUACCUUAAAAUCAUAUUCAAGUUUUAAAUUCUUUUUUAACAUUACACUUUUUAUUUCGUAAAAAAGUUCAGAGAUUAUAAGUUUUAAGAAAUUACAAAUUUUUUAUCAGAAAUGUUUUAUUUGUAUUAAUUAGUUUUUAGUAAUUAGUUUUAUAUCUUAUAUGCAUGUGAUUUUUAUUAUAUAAUUCGAUGUGAUGAAUGUUUACUUGCAUGUUAUUUUACAUAUUAAUUAAGUGCUGAAAAUGCAUUAUACAUAACAUUUAAUGUUCUUUCAAGUACAUGUAUUUUAAGACAUGUAAUUUGUUAAAUGUUAAAACACUAAUUGUAUUGUGAAUACCAGGGGAAAAAAUUUUUCAUAUAUGUAAUCAUAUAUGAUUUAUAUAUAUAUAUAUAUAUAUAUAUAUAUAUAUAUAUAUAUAUAUAUAUAUAUAUAGACAUAUUUUAUAUAUGAUUAUACAUGAAACAUUUUUUUUCUAGUGUAUGUAAUAUUAAGGUAAAAAUAGAUUCAAAAAUACAUAUUUUUGUGAAAAAUCUUUAAGAAACUAACAAAGAAACAUACAAAUAUUCUCCCCCUCUUUCAAUUUUGAUGAGCAUUAAAUAUUGUAAUGAACAAAAUAAGAAAUAUAGAUUUUUUAUAAAUGACUCAUGUCAAGGACAUAAAAUAUAUCCUCAAUAGUAAUCAACUUUUAUGUUAUGCAUGUUUUCGUGUAAGUAGCAAGUAUCUUUGCAAUAGAAUCUGUAGAAUAAAUAUUUUAUUUUAAGCAAUAAUUUUAUUGAUUUUGUAAUUUUUUCUUAUUUUGUUUACCAAGAACUUAGUUUCAUCAUUCGCAAUUUUAGAAUGUCCUACGUAUUAUUAGUAUAUGUUUACGAAUUAGGAUUUUAAGUAAAUAGUUACACUGUAUAUCAUAAAUACUUAUUCAUCAAGAUAAAUAAUACAAUAUAAUGUAUUAUCACUUGUUAAAUCAUCACAUGAAAAAUAAAGACUGUUUUUUUUUCAUAA